AUGGCAUUCCUAGACCUUUGCUUUCGACGCCACGUAUAUCAUUCUGUUGCUCGUUUGCAUGGGCAUCGAGGGGCGAUAAACGCCCUUGCCUUCAUGCCAAAUGGACUAGUCCUUGCCAGUGGGAGCGAUGACGAAUCCAUUAAACUCUGGUCAACAGGGCACGCCAUCUGUCUGCAAACCUUGAUUGAUGGACAAGAGAGUUUCGGAGAGGUUAAGGCUCUUUGUUUCAUAGGUGCCGACGGGCAAUGGCUUGUCUCCGGAACUGGCCGAGGUCUGGUAUGUGUCUACGAACGGACCUUAGGAGGGCGUUACUACCAAACGACUUCCGUCCUUGGCACGUCCGCUUCCAAUGACCCCGUUGAAUCUCUUGCCUUCGACCCGGGAUCCCGAUGUCUCGCGGUGACCAGCCAUAAUGGAGCCAUUGUCGUAUACAAUCCUGACUUCACUGGAAUUCGAGUUGCACUGCGCAUGCAAUGGUCAAGCGAUGUUGCCCCCAUGAUUCCUCGAUCCUGCGCCUUUGUCAGUGCCGGCAAGGAUCUCUUUGUUUUUGGUCUCAAUACUGGGGAUAUAACAACGCUGUCAGCGACCACAGGGGAGAUGGUUUCCAGGCAUCACCUGGGAUGCCCCAUAGGGUCCGCCGCCGUCGACAGCAAGGGUUCCGUCUUGCUUUUGCAAAACGUUGGUGAUAGUUUUGAGCUAUACGAUAUCAGGAGCAACAAACUCAUACAUAUCAUCCCUGCGGAUUCUACCAUACCAUUUUUGACUGAUGUAAAGUUUACAAAAAGUGGAGCCAUAGCUGCUGGAGGCAGUGCAACUGGUAAGGUCCGCAUUAUCCACAUCGGCAGCGGCAGUGUUGUACAGGAACUUAACCAUGGCAGAGGUAUUCUUCUAUUGUGUAGUCUUACUUUGCCCACUAACGAGAUGGAACUAGGGCCGGUGCAAGCACUCGACAUGGCCUCUACCUGCAUGCUGGAUAUAAUUGCCAGCGGAUCUUCGGCCGAUUUACAUGACAUCAGACUUUGGGCGAAGCCGACAAGGCUGGUGGUCAUGACCACUAGAUCCCUUUAUAUUGUGCUGCUUGCCUUAUCUGUUUAUUACACAUUCCAAAUGUGGAUGCCUUGGUUGAACCAGUGGUUCUCUCUAGAGGUGGCCACAGCGUCAAUUGGCCGAGCCGGGUGCCAAGGAAUUCAAUACUUCCAAAUGUCACCUGUUCCAGAUUUGGACCUCCAUUGGGCAUGCUGUUGUGAUGGUUACGAUGAUGAUACACCUGAUCUCAUGGGACGGGUAUUGCAGAGACAUAUGCAAAUGCAGGAACGUGUUGUUACUGAGGAAUAG